AUGGUUAUUGUAGGCUCUUAUUGUGUGGAGCGUAAUCUACAAAAGUCUAUUAAUAGUACAAUAACACGUUUGAGCAAGAAAUUAUGUAAAGCCUCCACAUUAAGUUUACGUAAUGUAUUUUGCUGGAAUCUAAACCGUGGCCGUGGCGCGACAUACCGUGAUAAUAAUUAUCGUGAUCAGGAUUCCACGGGCACUAACGAGGCAGGCAGUAAGCAAUCUGUUAUACACGAAACAUAUUAUUGUCGCUCGAAUAAUAAAAAUGUACAAAACAAAGUGGAAGUAGGCAACAAAGGGCCGGCAGCCAUUGCUCUGUCACUAGCAGACAGAGAGGUUGUUACUGUCGUACCAGGGAUGCCAAACGACUUUGUUUAUCACGAACAUUUUUUGUCGAGCUAG